AUGGCGACCUCCAAUACCACACCUGCAGAUAAUCAACCAAACUACAACGUACCAUCGGAAUAUCAUUUGACGAUAUCUCCCCUAUCAAGUCCGGUGAGGGAAUCUCUACAAGCUGCAGCCGAUCACUUUAACACACCAAGGGGAGAAACACUUCACGCACUACCCCCUUUGAUACCACAUCUAUUACAAACCAUACCGGAGAACCAAAUUGUGCAUCAACCAUCAAACUUCCAUGAGGCAUUGCAAGCACUUACAAAUGCUGCAGACGAUCCAGAAUGGCGACGUUAUCUACAAAGGAUCAUUUCUGGAAACGCUCAACUACCAGAAUCACCGAACACCGAUCAAGAAACGUUAUACGAAUACGAUGACGAUGAAGACAUGCCCGACGCAUCCACUAUAUCGGGUUCAUCUCAAGAAAGGCUAGCGACAUCUUUUCAUCAUGAAGACACCUAUAUUACGAGCCCACAGAGAUCGUAUCUUCAACAACCCAACGAUAUGGAUGACUAUAACACACAACCCAAUGAUGUGGAUGACCAAGAUGCACCACCACGUUAUGCAACUGAAGGCCCCUUUGAAGUUGUAAACCAUAUCAUGAUGCUUGCCCCCAACGAUGUACAACGAUUACGAAGCCUCCACCGACGAAUCAUGCAAAAUCGAGAAGCUAUGCUCGAAAUGCAUUUGGCAAGCGACCUCAUUACUGGCGAAAUCGGAUCCAUAUUACGAAACUCAGCUGUACAUCCAUCAUAUCAUCAAGACCAGGACCACUCUCUUCAAGAAGAAUGGCGACUCAGCGACAAAUCCAACGAUGAAGGAUGGGGCGAACUUCAUUUCCAGCCCAAGGAAAUACCUGGUCUUAAUGGCUUUUACGCCUAUACUCGAGCCGAUUAUACGUAUUGGUUACACGUCUACAAGCACGUCGACGCGAUCCACCGAUAUCGGAUCCAUAGCGAACAUCGAACCACAUCAAGAGAAGCGGACCAAAUGUCGCUACUUAGCGUUUGUCAAGAUGACUCUCAUGAAGAACUUGUUCGUCGAGCCGUUGGGGAAAUGAUGAACUUCUUGUGGCGUCAUUACGAUCCACAGGUCCCUAUCUCCUAUUGGCCUGUCUCAAAUGAUCGAUACAACAAACAAUGA